AUGCGCAAAUCCCUCAUUCGCAUUCCAUACACCCAUGCCUUGCCACCUCCGACCAUCAUCCCGGCCACGGCCGACACGCUCUCGGGAGCCGUGGCAGCCCUGAUAGCCUUCCUGACGGCCACCCCGGACCACUACGGCCACCUGUCGAGCCUGCCCUCGUCCACUGUUGUCCUCAGCGGCGCCGGACUGUCGGUGGCCUCGGGGCUGGCUGACUACCGCGGGCCCAAGGGCACGUACCGCGAGGAGUACCCGCGCGACGAGUUCCAGCACCACCUCUCUCGCCUAAAUCCCCGGUGGGACGACCUCCUGCGGGACGCCAUGGCCGCCGGCGCCCUGGACGCCGAGAAUAGCGGCGCCGAGCAGGAGCGGCCUAGAUUUAAGGGUAUCAGGACCAAUCCCGAUGGCGACGUCGACCUUCCCGACGCUCCGUACACCACGUUCCGCUACCCGCCCUGCCCGAAGUGUCUGAGCGACCCGCCCGUGCGUCCCGAUGGCAGUCGGCACAUCGUCGAGGCCGACGCCCAGGGUGCCUGGACCCAUCCCAGCACUGCAGGCGUCCUCAAGCCUGCCGUCGUCAUGUUCGGCGAGAACAUUGCGGACAGCGUCAAGAGCUCGGCCGAGGACGCCAUCGACAGCGCGGGUAAGCUUCUCGUCUUGGGCACCUCGCUGGCUACCUACUCUGCUUGGCGGCUGGCAAAGAGGGCUGCCGACAGGGGCAUGCCCAUCGCCAUUGUCAGCAUGGGUGGCGUGCGCGGGGAGGACAGCCUCUUUGGCCGAGAUCUUCUGGGUUCGCACCAGAUCGGUGAGGAGGCUGUCAGGACUGAGCUGGCUACACAGGAUCUCCUACCUGCUCUCGUGUCUCAUCUUCGUAAGCAGGGCCAUGAUCAUACGACGGCAGGCGGCGAGCCUGUGACGCUGGAGGGUCACGGCGUCUUCAAGGAUAUGCUCUCGUGA